UUGGGCGGAGGCUGCUGAGCCAGGGCGUUUGGGUGCCAGGUUUCCCGGCUGCCAUUCCCUCGCAGGCCAAAGUGAAACAGGAAAGGGCCGCUUCCUGGCCAGGCAGCUCUUUGUUUACCAAAAUCCAGCAGAGCCGACCUGCCGUGCCCAGCAUGGCAGAGACCCCCGUCACCCGGCAGAUCGGGACCGGAGCCUUUCCCCAGCCUCCUCCGCCGAGAGAAGCCGCCCUCCUCUUUCGGGAGGCCGCCCAGUCUCCGCUCCUGGAUGCGGCCGGGAAGAAGAUCCCUUUCGGGUCCCUUUUCCACGACCAGAAGGCCAUCGUGGUCUUUGUGCGGCAUUUCUUGUGUUAUACUUGUAAGGAGUAUGUGGAGGAUCUGGCCAAAAUUCCCAAGAAAUUUUUAGAAGAUGCAAAUGUCAGACUUGUAAUUAUUGGGCAAUCGUCACCUGACCAUAUUAAACCAUUUUGCCAAUUGACUGGUUAUUCUCAUGAAAUAUAUGUGGAUCCAGCAAGAGAAAUUUAUAAAAUACUUGGCAUGAAAAACGGGGAGACAGCCGAUACUCCAGUUAAGAGCCCACAUGUUAAAUCCAACAUUCUGUCAGGACACAUUAAGAGUAUAUGGAGAGCGGUGUUUAGCCCUGCAUUUGAUUUUCAAGGAGACCCCACACAGCAAGGAGGUACUUUGAUUUUAGGUCCAGGUAAUCAAGUCCACUUUGUGCAUUUGGAUAAGAACAGGUUGGAUCAUAUACCCAUUAACAGUGUUUUGCACCUUGCUGGUGUUCAAACAGUAAAUUUCACUCAGAGAUCUCCGAUUAUUGAUAUAUGACCUCAGAAGAUGAGCAAGAGGUCGAAAGUCAACUGUUACACAUGAAAGGGCUAUUGCAACAAACCACACAGAAUGAAGUUGUGACUUUGUUCAAUGGAAGGUCCUUGGCUGUUGAAUUCAGACUGGUAAACAGUGUGCAAGAAAAGAACAUCAUUCUUAAAUUUGCGGAAAUUUAAGAAUGUGUCUUUAUACUUUCUUCUAUAGGAUUAAGUCACACUGAACUCAUUCUUACUUUUGAGUAGACAUCUACACAGUAGAAGUAGGACCAUGCUUCUCGUAUAUAGUGUAAAGGAUAUAUUUUAUUCAGAGCACUUUGAUCACUAUGUAGCCUUUUAAAAAUAUUCUAUAAAGUUAUUCUUCAUGA